ACACUGAAACCCUUUCACACUCUAAUGCCUUAACUGCGACUCAAUCUCACUAGCCGACUUCCUGUAUCAAUUAAUACUCUUGUGAUUUCAAUUUGCGGCGCUAAACGAGUGUAGUGCCUGAUGGAUUCAUUUUGCCUACCAAAUAUGAGCACAUCGCACAUACAAUCCGCAGACAAUCCAAAGAGCCGCCAGUUUAAGGGAGUCCGACAGAGAAAAUGGGGAAAAUGGGUGUCUGAAGUGCGGAUUCCCAAUUGCAAAGGCAGGAUUUGGCUGGGCUCGUAUGAUACCGCCGAGCAGGCAGCCCGUGCUUUCGACGCCGCCACUUAUUGCCUUCGGGGAGCUGGUGCGAAAUUCAAUUUCCCCAAUUCCAUACCCGCCAUUCCCUGUGCAUCGUCUCUUUCCCCUCAACAAAUUCGGCUCGCCGCAGCCAAUUAUGCCCUGGCCCGAAUUCCUCGUACGGAUAACACCAGUAAUCUGACUGAGAAAGCAGUUUCGCCGUCAAGAUCGUCCCUCAUUGCAGAAACUACGAAAAAUUUGAGUGACGCCAUUGAAUUCAAUUCCGAGGAGCUCGACCGUACAGUGUGGGAUUCCUUGUUAGCGGAUCUAGAGUGCAAUCAGUCCUUAAAUGUCAUGAAUUUCCCGUUUUCUGACGCAGUGACGUCACCAAGAGAAGAGCAGGGGCCUGUUUUGUUGUGGGAUUUGUGACGAAAGAAAAGAAGGGGGAUUUCUUUUCAAUGCUAGGUUCCCAUUAGGCACUUGUGAACGCCAUCAUUGCUCCAUUAAUAUCUGUUAUGGAAUUGCAUUUUUAUGUUUAAACAUUCUAGGACAUUAAAGUAUCAUUAUUCUUUGCGAAAAAAAUAUCAACAGAUUUUGGUCAA